AUGUCCAUCAACUCUGCCCCUCCAAGCUGGUCCGCAACCUUCACCAGACUGCACGAUGUCAUCUUUCCAUCUGUUUUAGAAGUUCCGAGCACGGCGAAACCGUUAAAGCUCGGCAUUCUCGGCGCCGCCAAAAUCGCGCCCGCGGCCGUGAUCAAGCCCGCGAAACUGAUGCCGGACAAAGUCACAGUGUACUCUGUUGCUGCUAGAGACCCGGCUCGGGCACAGGCGUUUGCGAAAAAGCACGGGAUUCCGAAAACACAUAAUACGUACGAGGAACUGAUCAACGAUCCGGAGAUCGACGUCGUCUACAUCCCGGCUCCGAACGGAUUGCACUACGAGUGGUCGACUAAGUGCGUCGAUGCUGGAAAGCCGGUGUUGCUUGAGAAACCGUGUGCUUCCAACGCGGAGCAGGCAAGACAGCUGUUUGAGUACGCCGAGAGCAAGAACGUUUUAGUUACUGAGGCGUACCAUUGGUACUUUUAUCCCGGUAGGAAGAAAGUCCAAGAGAUCAUCGGCGACGUCGAUAGUUUUGGUGAGGUCAUGCGAUUCGAAGGAUCACUGUCUGCGAGACUGAAAGGAGUCGAGACAGAUAUACGGUCGUCUUUUGAUCUCGCGGGCGGGGCUCUUAUGGACACCGGUUGCUAUCCCAUUUCGUGGAUGCGAACAAUGAUGAGCGAGGAGCCGGUCAGUGCCAAAAAACUUACCUGUCUGACAUACGACAAGGACCCGAGAAUCGACUACUUCACCCAGCUAGAGUACUCAUUUGCCUCCAACCCUGACAAAAAAGGAAUCAUCCACACAGGCUUGAAAACACCAUUCACCGAGCUCUACAAGAUCGGCGUGCUGCCGUUUAUGAAGAUUACCGGCACGAAGAAAGAGUUGACAUAUACGUUGCCCGUGUAUGGAAAUUUCUAUCACGAUAUUGCCGUCAAGGACCUUGAGACGGGGAAAGUGGAGCAUUUCAAGGCGUAUGUGCAAGGACGGGAGGCGUGGAAUACAUAUGCGUUCCAGCUCGACGCGUUUUAUAACGCAGUCACCCAGGGGAAAGCUGAGGAACUCGUAUCAAAAGAGUUUAGCAUCAAGACAAUGGAAGCAAUUGACAUGGGCUAUGUCGGCCUCGGUUUGCCUCUCAGAGAGUAA